GUUGCCAUCCCGCAGGACCAGAAAGGCAGCUCGAACCUGAGGGAUCUAUAUCAUUCCUAAUUAAUAAAGAACAAUGUUAUAAUCAUUAACCGUUAUAAUCACCAGCAGAUACGUGCUAAAAUGUAUUAGUUAUACAGUGUUUGCAUAGAGUAAACAUUGCUACAAGCAAUAAAGUGGACUCAAUCGGAUGACGUAACAAAAGUCUGAAGUAGGACCACUUUGAGAAUGCGGAAGUGUGGCACUAAUUUCAAUUUCGCAGUCGUGAUGGUGAGACUUUCAGGUUGAAAAUGUACAUAGCUAGCUUGUUACACUUGUCUUCGGUGUUUGUACUCGCUAUCUACUUGUUAGUUUGUAAAGCAAUAGAUCAUAAUUCAGCGACGUUAGUUGUGCUAGCUAGCUAGCUAGCAGUAUUUGCGGGACUUUCCCCUAGCCAUAUAUAGAAUGACGCAGAGGCAACCUCCUAAAGAUUCUUUUGGACACACAUGACCCUAUCUUAUCCCAAUUCUUUAAUGUAUGCAGUGUUGUAGGAUAUGAGUAAGUGUUAUGGAUGAAAACGAGUGUGGGGACGGGAACUACCUUGUACAAGAUGAAGAUUCACUCAUCGAAGGUGUCAGCAACCCUGUGCUCUUUGUGGUCGUUCUUAGUGUUACGUUUUUGUGUGGUCUUCUGACACUGCUUUGCAGAAAUGAGCAGCAGGACAUCCACCCAGAGAACCAGGAGCAUGUGCGCGCCGUUCGCCAGCAGCUCCAAUCCGAGCAGGAAUCCCCCCCAGAACCCAGGCCUCAGUACUACACUGAUAUGUCCUGCCCAGUGUGUUUACAGCAGGCCGUGCUGCCCGUAGAAACCAACUGCGGUCACCUCUUCUGUGGUGCGUGUAUUAUUGCAUACUGGAGGUAUGGGACUUGGCUGGGGGCAAUCCACUGUCCCAUCUGCAGACAAAUAGUGACGUUGGUUUUCCCUCUCUUCAACGAGCAAGCCUCUGCCCAGCAGGUCCAGGAUGGGGAGGCAGAGCCCACCCUCAUCAUGCAGGACGUCAACGACUACAACCGCAGGUUCUCCGGACAGCCCAGAUCUAUUAUGGAGCGUCUAAGGGACGUGCCCACGCUGCUUCGUCACGCCUUCCGGGAGAUGUUCUCCAUGGGCGGACUCUUCUGGAUGUUCCGCAUCCGCAUCCUGCUGUGUCUGGUGGGUGCGCUGACAUACCUCGUCUCCCCGCUGGAUUUCGUCCCCGAGGCUCUGUUUGGUCUGCUGGGCUUCAUGGACGACUUCUUUGUCAUCCUCCUGCUCUUUAUCUACAUCUCGAUCAUGUACCGGGAGGUGGUGACUCAGAGACUAGCUGGCUGAGACCCGCCCCCCCCUCCCUCAACUCAUAUCAGGUCAAGGAUCAUCAAGGACUACCAAGGCUCCAAGUCUCAGAAUAGGGCAGAAACACUGUGACUUUAGGGCUACCUAGGCCUCAAUCCGACCCUGCUGCCUACUAUCAUGGCACUGGCUGGAAUGAUCUCAUAUGGGUUUGGAAUACUAAUUAAAGUGUGUCAAGUUAUAGCCUGUAAUAAAUGAAGAAACUGGAGUCUGUACAAAAGGGAAUUAAAUUAUUGGAUUGUGUUUAUGUUUUGUCUGAAAUAUACCCUCAAUACCACUGGACUGAAUUGAAUGCACAUUCCUGGCUGUAAGCAGGGCACUUACCACAAUCCCUCUCAUAGGAAUACCAGUCAAUUCUAAAGGGUCUCCUUUGAUAUGUGUUCAUGACGAUUGUGGGAUUGAUUACUGAGUAGUUAAACAAGGAAAAGGAAGACAUUUGUCUAAUGGAUAACAAAUAUAUUUUGAUCUUACGCAACUGUGCACCCAUACAACAAUUUCCUCAAAAUGUGUUUAAAAAAUGUAAUUGCUAGUUAUUACCCUUGUUUUAGGACUCCGGGAGACCCAAAGUGUUUGCUUGAACCAAACGUUUGAACCAAACUUUUGCUUCCUGUUCUUACUUUCUGUUCCCUCUUUAGCUUCCUCUGCUUGAUCUUUGUGCAGAUUCAAUGUUUAAACCUCAGGCGUAUGGUUUGUGUCCAUGUCAUGGCAGAGGUAAUCCGACUUUUUGCCCAAUCCUAAAUCAAGCCUAGCACCCUAACCCUCUAUGAACAUACAACGAGUCAGAGGAGCCAUUUAAAAGGUGCAAGCUAAGUGGCACCCCCCCCCCCCCCCCCCCCCCCUCUAGCACCAGUUCCCACAGCAGGAGGAGUGAUUUGGGAGCAGGGCCAAAUCAUAUUCUUUUUUUUCUCACCUAUUAAGAACGUGACACAGACAUGGGCUUCUGACCAAAACAAGGGAGACUAAGUCCAGGAAAGAUGUCCUUGUCUCUAAAAUAUAAAGAAAUGUAAUAACAUGCAAUCUGUUUAUAAUCACUGGAAUAUUGUAAGAACAGUAAAGGUGAAGAUAUUACAUACAAUUCAA